GCCCUCCCCUCCCGAUCCCAGAGCCAUGUGGCCCCUGGCCCUAGUGAUCGCCUCCCUGACCUUGGCCUUGUCAGGAGGUGUCUCCCAGGAGUCUUCCAAGGUUCUCAACACCAAUGGGACCAGUGGGUUUCUCCCAGGUGGCUACACCUGCUUCCCCCACUCUCAGCCCUGGCAGGCUGCCCUACUAGUGCGAGGGCGGCUACUCUGUGGGGGAGUCCUGGUCCACCCGAAAUGGGUCCUCACUGCCGCACACUGUCUAAAGGAGGGGCUCAAAGUUUACCUAGGCAAGCAUGCUCUAGGGCGUGUGGAAGCUGGUGAGCAGGUGAGGGAAGUUGUCCACUUUAUCCCCCACCCUGAAUACCGGAGAAGCCCCACCCACCUGAACCACGACCAUGACAUCAUGCUUCUGGAGCUGCAGUCCCCGGUCCAGCUCACGGGCUACAUCCAAACCCUGCCCCUUUCCCACAACAACCGCCUAACCCCUGGCACCACCUGUCGGGUGUCUGGCUGGGGCACCACCACCAGCCCCCAGGUGAAUUACCCCAAAACUCUACAAUGUGCCAACAUCCAACUUCGCUCAGAUGAGGAGUGUCGUCAAGUCUACCCAGGAAAGAUCACUGACAACAUGUUGUGUGCCGGCACAAAAGAGGGUGGCAAAGACUCCUGUGAGGGUGACUCUGGGGGCCCCCUGGUCUGUAACAGAACACUGUAUGGCAUCGUCUCCUGGGGAGACUUCCCAUGUGGGCAACCUGACCGGCCUGGUGUCUACACCCGUGUCUCAAGAUACGUCCUGUGGAUCCGUGAAACAAUCCGAAAAUAUGAAACCCAGCAGCAAAAAUGGUUGGAGGGCCCACAAUAAAAGUUGAGAAAUGCACCGGCUUCCAUCCUGUCACCAUGACUUCCUCACAUUGUCUGCUGAGCCCUUCUCUGCUCCUUAUUCCCAGUGUUCCAUUUGAACCAGUGAUCCAUGUCCUGAAAAAUGCUCAAUCCCAGCUGACAUUCCAUGUUUCAGAAGCAUUCAGGCACUGCCAGGCUUGCAGCCUCCCAGAUGUUGCGUCCCUGAAACGUCUCAACAACCUGAAUGUCCCAACGCAGACAAUGGCCCAGGUCUCUGAACUGCAUCAGCGUGGCUUCUAUGAGCCCAGAUCACCACCUGAAUGUUCUGUCUGUGGCACAUUCUUAAAUAUUUCCAUCAGCCCAUCUCAACAAUAUAUGUCCUAUAAAUGGACCAUCCUUGACAACAUCCUCUAACUCUUCAAGUAUUUAUUCAAUGCCAGUAUCCUAGACCUUCUAUUUUUUGCACUCAAGAAGGUUCUAGACUCCCAUGAUAGUUCAUCCUGAAAACAUUCUCUUAUGCCCACACUCUUCCGCCCUGACAACAUUCUGUGUACCUCUGUGACUCACCACAGCUAACACUGGAUCCUCAGAAUGGUUCAUUCUCACACUGUUAUGGGUGUCUCAGAUGUCCCAACCCAACCUACAUCCCACAUUCUUCCAAUACCCCACCUCCGCCAACAUUCCCUCUCUGAAUCAAUGGCACCCUAGUCUCUAGAGUUAGGGGGUUCAGUAUACCAAAGGGUCUCCUUGCCUGAACUAUAUUGUCUACCAAAUAUUCGGUCCUGUAUCCCCUCCAUGAACAUCCUUGUUCAGUGUCCCUUGCUACGUCUUUGUCCAUGACCCUAAAAUGUAGUGCAAAUCCUUGAUUUGGACAAGUUAUAAAACUCACAGUCUCUGUGCUUUCUCAUCUGUAAAAUGGGUUCAUAAUUUUUUUUAAUUGUAGAAUUGUUACAAGAAUAAAUGUCAAGCAUUUGUCACUA